AUGAAUCCCAAAUACAAAUGGAUGACUCUGGCUUCUGUAGUCGCCAAUCCAAUCCUCUUAUAUCUUGCAUACAAAUUCACAUAUCCAACAUUAAAACCUCAACAAAGUGAACAGUCAGAAGUUCUAUUUUUCCCAGACGAAGGUCUCCAAUGUCCCAGACUCAAUACCCACAGAGGGUGUCUUGAUAAGAAGUGUCGCUUCAAGCAUACACCUCAGUCUCUUGCUAGACUAGAAGGUAUCCUCAAGUCAGCUACCACAAGUUGUGAUGUCUGUAUGUUUGUGAUAGCGUCUCAGCAGCUGAUUGACAUCCUUGUAGAGCUCCACCAGCGUGGCGUCAAGGUCAGAUGUAUUGCUGACAAUCAGGAUAUGGAUGGUGUGUUACACGCUCUCAGAUCUAAUGGAAUAGUCGUCAGAUUUGAUAAGUCAGACUAUCUGAUGCAUCACAAGUACGUUGUCAUUGACUCAAAAUGGGUGCUUACCGGGUCAUAUAAUUUCAGUAGAGGUGGAAUGGGUAUAAACAGAGAGAACAUCGUGAAAGUAAAUCAUCCCCACAUUGUGGAGGCUUAUCUUGACGAGUUUAACGAGAUGUGGCAGUUGUACAGCACUUCAAAUUUCUCCAUUAACUUUAGAAAAGAAAUGGUUUACCAAGGUUCAGGUUGA